GGGGCGCGCGCUUCCCCAGUGCAGUGCGUAUGAAAAAUUCGUAAAUAAACAAGUACAUGAAGUAAAUACGAGCAUGAGUGAAACCAAACACUGAAGCCCGGGCGUCAACCUGAAAGGUUCUGUCACACCUGAGUAGGAUUUGGUAAGAUGGGCUACGAUGUUGAUCGCUUUGUUGGCGCUGUGAAUGAGGGCCUUCUGUGCUGUAUCUGCCGAGAUGUUCUUGAGGACCCACUGCAGGCCCCAUGCGAGCAUGCCUACUGUGCCUCCUGCAUUCAUGGUUGGCUGGUUCAUGAGGAGAUUUGCCCUGAGGACCGUCAGCCACUGAUCCAGGACCAGCUCCGGCCCAUCUUCCGCUACAUGCGAAAUGACCUGAACCAGCUAACGCUGCACUGUAGUAACCGGGCGGCAGGAUGCCUUGAGGCAGUCAGCCUAGAGGGCCUGGCCCGACAUGAGGCCGGCUGCGGGUACGGUCGGAUCAACUGCCCCAACGCCAGCUGCCGGAUGGAGCUGGAGAGGCGCCAGCUGGACGCCCACCUGCAAGUGUGCGAGCACCGCACCCGCGUCUGCCCGCGCGGCUGCGGGCUGACCGUCCUCAAUUCAGAGGCAGACUCGCACAACUGCGUGGCCGAGCUGCGAACAGAGAUGGAGCUGCUGCGCUCGGAGAUGAUUGGACGGAGUGAGGACCAGAAGCACGAGAUGAAGCUGAGGCUGGACUCGCAGCGGACACACAUGGUGGACAAAGUCAGCGAGAUGCAGCAGCAGAUAGAUGAACUGAAAAGGCAAGUGGACCACUUGCAGCACGACGUCCGCCUGCUGAGUGCCUUGGAGAGGAAGAGGGGGCAGGACAUGGAGCGCUUAGAGCUGGAGAAGAAGGAGCUCUUGGAGGUCUUGAAGGCACUCAAGGAGGAGCACGAACUGGCCAAAGCCAACACCUGCAGGAUUACGGCCCUCUAGGCAGAUGUGGGCGCAUGUCUUGGAGUGUUCCUCGCCUGCAUGACCAGUUUGCAAACUUGUGUCAUCAUUCCAGCAUGUCUAGCCUCAGUGGAUCCCAACACUUGUGUUCUCAAGCAGGCUACUGUACGACAACAGCUUGGCAAAGUUUGACACUGGAUAAGGCCAAAAAAGGAGUCUCCAGUUUCUGGUCACUGUGCGCUUUGCCGUAGACCUGCGUGUCGGCAAAAGAAAGAAUUUUUUUAUUUUGCAUAAAACGAUUUCCCAAAGGUGUCAAACUUAAAUGAUCGGCUGGAAUUCUGCGACCGCGUAAUUUUAACGUGUUUUUGAUGGGUGGGGUGGAGUAAUAUGUAUGGUGAAGGAAUCCCCGUAGGCCUCCAUACAUUUCAGUUGGGCACUCUUAUCAGAUGACGUCAUUUGUGUAUCUUUACAUGAAGGUUGUGCCCGAAUCACUUGGCUGCGGCUUAAUAUUAUGCAUGAUUCUAUGGGAACUGGCUGUGGAUGCAGCCAAAUACUCGGUGUGUAAUUCCGGCCGAUUCGGACCAGACAAACGAAGUGGUCUUACAUCCUGUUUACGUAUACAAAUUGAAAAGACUUUUAAGCAACAAAGCGUGAGGGCCCAGUGAGGCAGUGGCAGUACAUACGCAUGCAGUAUUUUUGCUUUAAAACAUUGACUGAGUCUGUCAGCCUCACUCACAUUGACCGAGUCAGUCAACAUCACUCACAUUGACCGAGUCAGUCAACAUCACUCACAUUACAGGAAACCAGUGCCACAUUCUCUAUACUCAAAUUUUCCAAGAUUUAAUUAACGCCCCUCCACUACAUUGUGCCUUCCUUAUUUUUGUAAAUCUUCCAGAGCAUCGUGGAGGAUUUUGAAAGGUCUUAGAGGAUUAAUGUUUUGAAUAAGGUAUCACACUUAAGACAAUAAUUUAUUACUUGUAGUUAAUAAUCAGGUGCUAAACUAAUGCCACAUUAAUUCUAUGUAUUGUUAAUUGUUAAUCAGUGUCCAUGUAGAUGUCAUACUCCGUCCAUGCAUUGCUGCCAUUUCUUAUUUCUGUGUAUUCCAAUUCUUGUUGUGUUUAAUUUUUACUCACAUUUUUUAAAGGUAGAGUUUUUUUACUCACACAUUUUUAUGUAUGCGUUUUCAUUUUAUUUCACAUCUGAAAAUGGCUGUAUGAUAUGUAUUCAAACUGUUGGAGAAUGUUCAUUUUUUUAAUGUACACUGUAUGUAUAUGAUAUGCAAGUACUCUUGACGUCAAUUAUGCAGAAGUUUACAGGUGUUCAGACUAGUAUUUAAACCAUUGACUUUUAGUGGGUUACAAAUUAACUUUUAGUUUAUUCUGAAUUGAAAAUAAUAAACUAUACUUGCUUCCACUUUCCAGAGUUGUUAGUUUAUGACAAUCAAUUCUGGUUUUGAUUAGUGGAGAUUUUAUCAGCCCUCAAGUACAAAGAUGUUUUACAAUUAAGCCCUUGAUUUGUUUUUUCAAGCUGAAAUUUUAAUCAGUGAAUUUUUGUGGAGUUUGCAAAAUGAACCGUAAUCAAAUAACCCUUGUGAUGCACUGCUUUCUUUAGUAUAGUCUGUCAUCUUAGGAUCAUGGCUCAGUCUUCUUCACAUCUUGUAAACAUGGAGCAUACAAGUACAAGAACAUGGAUUAGAGUAUAUCACCUCCUUUCCAGUUUGUGAACAAAAUCAUCCAAAACAGAUGAAACCACUGCUUGUAAUGCAUUCUUACUAUUGUCAAUUACACCUCUAUAACUUAUUUGAUGAGCUAUAUUUGAUAAAAUAUUUUUAAAUUUUAUAUCCUGUGUAGUUUUUAACACUUUUGUCUGUGCGCACAUAAACACCCAUACCAACACGUAGUGCGAAACGUAGGUCUACAUGUAUAUGUACAAUGUAUGUAGGUGCUGAGAGACAUCUGUAUACAUUUGACAUUUGACUGGGCCCAACAAAAUGUGCCAAGUCCCACAGCAGUUGGUAUUUGCUGAAGGAGUUUGAUUAACUUAAACAGGCGUGUACAUGCUGUCCACCUGUUACCUAGGGGACGAUUUAUUGCACCAGUCUACAGCCAGGCGCAGUAGGGGAGCUGUGAAGGCAAGUCAGGGUUCAUAACCCCUGCCUAGUGUUGGUAUUGUGUCUGCAGUUGUGUGUGGAGUGUUUGUCUGGAGUGCUUAUCAUUUGCACGCAUUUAGUAGUGAUAGGAGUGUCACUGUGAUCUAUUGAUUUGGUGGCACUUUGAGAAGAGAAGUCAAGGAUUAGACACAAGCCAUGUGCUUCAUAACAUUCCAACCUCCCUACAUCUAUUGCUUCCAGUUACAAAAAAAUUGGCAGAUGUCCAUAUUAUUUAUACAAAGACAGAUAUGGGUUUUAUGUUUAUACAUGUACAUUGCAGUUUGUACUAUUUAUGUAUUUGCAAUUUAGCAUAGUGGUUGACUUCUGCUCAUAAAAUGUCACUAGUUUUGAAAAGAUUUAGUAUUUAUUCCAUGAGCACUUUUAACCACGUAAGAAUCAGGUGAAUUAGACAGGCAUGGCACAGGAAAGGAAAUAGUAUGUUUUUCUUUUUCGAAAUGGUAAGCAUAUGAAAUAAAAAAAAGCUAGGCAGUCAGCCAAUUGGAGGCAAAGUUGGACUGCUGGUUAUAGUUUGAAUGAA